ACUAGUGAACCACAUGUUCGUAGGUUUUAAAAAGGUUCAUAGGUUCGAAGAGGAAUUAACGCGUUGUGAAACGUGAAGCGACUUUCUUUAAAUAUCUGUUAAGGAACAUGUCUGAAAAAGUUUUGAUGCGAAAAAUUAAAAAACGAGAGAAGAUUAAAAUAACCAAGAUAAAACAACGGGAGGAAGAGAAAGAUGCAAUGGAGAACAUAACAGAAGAAGUUCCUCCAGAAAAAAAAAGAAAAUUAUCUGAACAGUCGGAGGUAACCAAAGAAGUUACUGAGAAUUUGCCAGGUACAGCUAUAGCUGUUGAAUUAACAAUCAACAAUGAUACAAGCUUCUCGGUAUUGAAUGGAAAGGUAUGCGAGAAUACAUUGAAAGCGAUAGAAGAUAUGGGCUUUACAAAAAUGACAGAAAUACAAGCAAAGGCUAUUCCUCCUCUUUUGGAAGGGAGAGAUCUAGUAGGUGCUGCUAAAACUGGAUCUGGCAAAACACUGGCAUUUUUAAUUCCUGCAGUUGAAUUGAUUUACAAGUUGAAGUUUAUGCCUCGUAAUGGUACUGGAUGCAUUAUUAUGUCUCCUACUAGAGAAUUGUCUAUGCAAACUUUUGGCGUCCUGAAAGAAUUAAUGAAAUAUCAUCAUCACACAUAUGGUUUAUUGAUGGGUGGUGCCAAUAGGCAGACCGAAGCACAGAAGCUCGCAAAGGGAAUCAAUAUUAUUGUGGCGACGCCGGGACGAUUAUUGGAUCAUUUGCAAAACACACCAGACUUUUUAUACAAGAAUCUUCAAUGUCUAGUAAUUGACGAAGCUGAUCGUAUUUUAGAUAUUGGAUAUGAAGAAGAAUUGAAACAAAUUAUUAAUAUUCUUCCUAAACGUCGGCAGACUAUGCUCUUCAGUGCAACGCAGACACAAAAGGUAGCAACAAUAACAACAUUAGCUCUUAAAAAAGAACCUAUUUAUGUUGGAGUCGAUGACAACAAGGAAAUGGCAACUGUGGAUGGUUUACAGCAGGGUUAUGUAGCAUGUCCGAGCGAAAAGCGAUUUCUUCUUCUUUUCACAUUUUUAAAGAAAAACAGAAAGAAGAAGAUAAUGGUUUUCUUUAGUUCGUGCAUGUCUGUUAAAUACCAUCAUGAGCUCCUAAAUUAUAUCGAUUUACCUGUAAUGAGCAUACAUGGUAAGCAAAAGCAAACGAGAAGAACCACCACUUUUUACCAAUUUUGCAACGCUUCUACUGGAAUUUUACUUUGCACUGAUGUGGCUGCGAGAGGUUUAGAUAUACCCGAUGUCGAUUGGAUUGUGCAGUAUGAUCCACCGGACGAUCCUAAGGAAUAUAUUCAUCGGGUAGGCCGAACUGCUCGCGGAGAAGGUAGCAGCGGUCAUGCUUUAUUGAUACUGCGACCAGAGGAGCUUGGCUUUCUUCGUUAUCUCAAAGAAGCUCGCGUACCUGUCAAUGAAUACGAGUUUUCUUGGAAUAAAAUUGCUGAUAUUCAAUUACAGCUUGAAAAACUAAUAUCGAAGAAUUAUUUUUUACAUCAAUCGGCGAAGGAGGCCUUCAAAAAUUAUGUUAGGGCAUAUGAUUCGCAUCAUCUAAAACAGGUUUUUGACAUAGAAACCUUAGAUCUGGCGAAAGUUGCCAAAUCAUUUGGAUUUAUUGUACCGCCGGCGGUAGACUUGAAAGUUGGAUCCAGCAAGGCUUCACGACCACGAAAAAGGCUCGGUGGAGGUGGUUUCGGACAUUACAAAAAUAUGAACAAACCAAACUUUUCAAAAGGAACUAAGACAUUCCGACAAUUUAAGCGAUAAUUACAAGGCAUAUACAUUGGCAAGCAGUGGUAUAUAAUGCGUCAUCAAGAAUUUAUAUAUCAGAAAUAUUUUAUUGUACAGCUUAUGUUUAGAUCAAAAAUACAUUUGAUUUAUUAAAAUAUUCAA